AAGUUGAAUUAAGAAGACUGCUUAGAGAUAAGCCUCCCCGGAUUCGCAGCGAACAAACAAAACCCUCUCUCUCGGUAAUCUCAACUCUUCUUUCUUGAUUGAAUAUAUAAAUCCGACCAACGCUGUCUUCUCCAUCAACUCUUUCUCCUUCAUUCGUUUCUCAUUCUGUGAAUCCGGCCGCUUUUGUCAUCGUCCGGCGGAGAAGGUCACUGUCUGGUUUGGUUGUGUUCGUCGGGGGAUUCAUCGUCUGUGGUUGAUUUCAAGAGGAAGAAGGGAUGAGUUAUUAUAAUCAAGGUCAGCCUCCGGUUGGAGUGCCUCCGCCUCAAGGUUAUCCGCCAGAAGGUUAUCCAAAGGAUGCUUAUCCGCCACAGGGAUAUCCUCCUCCCGGAUCUUAUCCGCCGCAGGGAUACCCUCCGCCUUACGCUCCUCAGUACGCGCAACCUCCUCCUCAACAACAGCAGAACAGCGGCCCUGGUUGCAUGGAAGGCUGUUUAGCUGCUCUGUGCUGUUGCUGCCUGCUUGACGCCUGCUUCUAAACAGUAUCAUCCAUUUACAGUUAUGCUGUGCUUCAUAGUCCAAGAAGAUCGAUCUCUCAGUGAACUUUUCUCUGAAUGCAAAGAAAAAAAAAAUGGAAAAACAAUCGAGUUGAUGAUUUAAUUACUUGCGUUUUAUUAUAAUAUUUUAGUUUAGUGCUUGUUCUUCGUUUCCUCCUCUUCACCUCUACAUUUUUCAUAAUAAAUAACACCAUCUCUCCCCAAUUAUCUGUUU